GAUUGUUUCAUAUCACGUUGCCAAUUCUUUUAAACGGGGCGUUCAGAAUUGAUGGAUAUGGAGUGUAUAAAAAAAAAAGGCUAGACGAGUCCCCAAUCAGUGUAAAAGAAAAACGAACCUUGCAAAGCUGACUCUGUCUGAUGAGCUACGGAACCCCUUGCCCGGCACUUCCAAAUGUCAUCAGCUUAAAUCAUCGUGGAUUUCUCUGCAGUCCCCAAAGUAGUCUCGAGCCCCACUGUAUGACUUGACGCGGAGCACUCACAGAUUGUGUUUGACGAUUGAUAAGUAAGACGCAAAGUGGAUCCUGGCAACUUUCUGUUUUGAUAUUUUUCUCCCUCGAUGUUCUCACGGGAGUAAUGAAGCGAGUUGGCGGAUGCCUCUCAAUCAAUGCAGACACAAGUGUUGCCAGUUUUUGUUGAGCACUACUUCUCCUUAAAUGUUGUCGAGCAAGUCUAUCCCCUCUAUAUCAGAGGUGAACAAACUACUUUGAAGUCACAUACAUGUAGGUUGAAUCACAGUUGUCACUCACGGUUACCCUUUUUUUCCAAGGAAACGUUGACAUGUGCUUGUAUUGUAAAAAAAAUCCCGUCAAACUAUUCAAGGGCAGAACGACACAGGAAUCAAUUUUUGAUUUUAAUUAAAUUCUAAGUAAUUUUAAAUCACCGUUUAAUUAUACUUUUUUUCUUUCAAAACAUUUUUUGAUUAGGGCGAUAAAUUUUGGCUUUGCUUUCUGGUCAAAUUUUUUUUUUAAUGUAUGCUGUAGUUUUUGGACAAGAGCUUUUUUUUUGGCAAACACAUUCUAUUCAGACCACAACCCCCUUUUGACACUUCUGUGGAAAAAGUGUAUUCAAGCUGUAAGUGCUGCCUGGGUUUAAGCAAAAUGAAAUUGUCUGAAUGACAGUUCUGUGCAUUGUUGAUGCCAAAAUGACAGUCAUUUCCCUGGAAAUGUGGAUCAGUGUGGACGAUUGAAGUAUGGGUUGGUACGAUGUAUAAGACCAAACAAAAUAAAACAACCAGGCAAAGUGUCUUUGUCAAUAAUUAAGUUUAAAUCUGGACAGCCGACCAACUGAUGCUGUGUAGUUGGACUCAUUCAUCAGUGGAACAAAAAGAAAAAAAAAUGUUUGGAUCAAGUUUUAUAUAUCAAAUUAAAAGAAAUUAAAAUCUAGUAGAAAUAAAUCAAUAUUUUGCUUUUAUUGCUUACUUAUAUUUUCCCUCUUAUUGCAUGAUGAGGACAAUUAUUGUAUAUUAUAUUAUUUUCUAGCGCUCCACAAAUGUACAUGAAGUUACGAUGACAUUUUGCUUUCACUUCUUCUGUUAGUUUGGUCAGAGUUUGGGGCUCCAUUCCUUCCCCUGAAACAGUAUGCUUCUGUGUAAAUUACUGAAUGUUGUCUAACAGUUACUGGGAGGCAAAUUCUGUUUGUAAAUCAUAUCUCUUCAAAGGUACAACAUAGUCUUGUGAUCUGUCUAAUUCUUGCAGAUAAGCAGACCUUUUACCAAUAUUUGUUCAUUUUAAUAAAAAAAAAGGUCUUGAUGUCUCGGUCAACUCAUGAGAUCAGUGAAGUAAUCUCCCGAAUGUUCCCUUCUCGUUCUGUCAGAUACUGUGCCCUGUUUUUCUGACCACUUUCCUUAUGCCACAUCUUGUAAAUAAGUUAAACUGUAAAUUUGAUUACUUUGCCAAUGAGUAAAUGAGUUUGAGAUACAGAAGUUCUGUUUCUUCACUUGUCUCUGACACCAGAAGACCAGUCUUAUUCUAUAUACCAGGCACGAAAUGGGACAGAGGGGUACCCCCCCCAACAAGUCCAAUCCCUGUACACGCUCCAACCUAUUGUCAAUUAACACAUCCCCCUAGAUGUCUCAAAAGAAUUCCCGAGAUUCCAGUAUAACGAUGACCAAAACAAAGGCGGGGGGGGGUUCUCUCUGUCCCAUAGUUUGUUUCAUAUGUUAAGCUAUGUUGGUAAAAUUAGUUUUAACAGGUGCAGUGUCCCUUGUCAAAAGAAUUUCGUGAAAUAUUACACUGCUGUUUGCAACUUUGGGAGGGCUGGCAUUCAACCCUUUUAUUAAUUUCCUCAUUUUCUAUACUUAAUCUGCACUCCCAAAUUUCUCACUGACAUGGUUGGUGAACUGUUUUAAAUUCAUUCUGCAGUUCUGUCGUGAAGCCAAUACAUGUACAUCCAUGUUCACCGCCAUUCAAAGUGCACAUUGAUGUCUGAAAGUUCCCUGGGCCUUUUGUUUGUCUGCAUACAUGGAGUUUGUGACCUGAUCCCACAAGACAUGUCUUAAGGGGAUUAGUCUACAUGUAUGUGUGAAAAGAAGACUGGGCUCUUAUCACCAGCUUGGCAUCCGGAUGGAAAAGGGACAACACAUUGGUGAAAUCUGUUGAGGGCUCUCAGUACAUGCUACAACCGUGACAGGGCUUUCACUUAAAAGCUGCCCUGGUGACUUGUGACUCAUUUACAUGUAGUUUUCAAACCUUGGGUCACAUUUGGAGGAUGCACAGAUCUUUUACUGCCAGAAUAGGAAGGGACAGUGACCACAGUGUAGAUUACCUCUCCUUUUAAAAGGAGGACGCUUGGAGUGGACAACUGAACCCGAAAUGACGUCCCCCGGCAAAGAGGACACUAGACUCAGAAGAUCAAGAACGCAUUUCGUCAAGUGUCUCUAAAGAACCAUGAGCAAAGCGGCACACAUGUAGUGUCCUUUGUGUGGAUUCCAGUAAAAGCCAGACAAGGAUGAGACGGCUGGAUUUUAAGGUUGUGCUACUAGGCAAUACAUGUGGAGGGAAGACUUGCCUGAUGGAGAGGUACUACAGCGACAGAUUCAUGGAAGCUGAAGCGACAAUUGGCGUAGCAUAUUGUGCUAAGGAAGUUAAAGUGGACAAAAGAAAAUUGGUUAUGGGAAUUUGGGACACCGCAGGGCAGGAAAAAUACACGGCCGUGAGUCGGCUUUACUACCGAGGGGCUCAGGCUGCCGUAUUAUGUUAUGAUCUGACAAACCCAACCAGCUUCGACAAGGUGAGGUUCUGGUUGGAAGAAGUGAAGAAGAGCGAAGAGUUUUGCAAGAUUUAUCUGUGUGGCACAAAGCUUGACCUAGUGGAGGAGGGCAGAGAGGCAAGACAGGUGGACAGUGACUUUGUGGCAUAUUAUGCUGACGAGUUUUGUGCAGAAGUGUUUGAAACUUCAAGUAAAACUGGUUACAAUGUCAAGGAACUCUUCUUUAAAAUUGCCAGCGAUUUUGCUUAUGACACAACAUCUGAACAUUUGGAAGAUUUUAACAACAAGCGUAAAUGCUGCUGUUAUUGCCCCAGCUAACCAGUCUUAUCGUGUACAUCCAGUAAGAACUGCAAUAAAUUCUGCCCGUCUUUAUGAGAUUUGUGCCAGAAAAAUUAAUUUGACUUCACAUUUAUAUUUUGCUUUUUAGAUGUAUAGUGAUUGUUUCAAGGAUUUUUGUAAAUUUUAUACUUUUUUUUUUCUUCUGAAAGACAGGGGUGAGAUUUAUCAGCUUUUCAGCUGACUAAAGCUUUUUUCCCUCACUAGCUGUUUACAAAUGUAUAGGAGGUUGUUCAGCUUCUUCAUGUCUUGUUUCAGCUGUUUUCAGCUAUUUUAUCAUCGGUCAAUCUCAUCCUUGUAAAGAGCACCUCUAAGGAAAACACGUUUUCUCUGAUUUUAUCCAUUCAAAUAAA